GAAGAUAGACCUCAAGAUAAGAGAAUAGCAGAGCUGUCACGAGAAGAUAUCAUGCAACUUCAGUUUACAGAUGAGGAAGCUGUUUAUCGAUUCUACAAGACUUAUGCAAUGAUGCACGGUUUCGCUGUGAGGUUGGAUGAAGUCAGACACGAUAGCAAUGGUUGCAUAAUUAUGCGCCAAAUUGUUUGCAAUCGGGCGGGCUCAAGAAAGGAAGAGGUUGAAAAGGACGAAAGAAUCAGGGACCACCGACCCCUAACUCGAAGUUGUUGCCGGGCGAGAAUUCGUGCAAGACUAGAUAGAAAAAUUCAUAAAUGGAAGGUUGUUUUGUUCCAUGAAGAGCACUCUCAUGGAUUAGUUGAUCCACUCGACGUUAGCAUGAUGCCUGAGUAUCGCACAUUCAGUGUCUCGGAUAAAGCUCAGGCGAAGAAUUUGCACGACAUAGGCAUCAGGACCUAUCACAUCUUGUGAUACUUGGCUGCUCAAAAAGGUGGAUAUGCAAACUUGUCAUUCAACCAAAAAGAUAUGUACAACCUCAUUACUCAACAUAGAAAGAAAAAGGUGAAGGGUGGUGAUGCAAAUGCUACAAUAAGCUACCUGAGAGGUAAAGCUGGGAAUGAUUCUUAUUUCUUUGGCAAGUACACAUUAAGUAAUGAGAAUUGAUUGGAAAAUUUGUUUUGGGCUGAUGGGACUAGCCGUAUUGAUUAUGAGUGCUUUGGGGAUGUCUUGACAUUUGAUUCAACUUACAAUAGGAACGUCUACAAUAAACCACUUGUGAUAUUUUCUAGUAGCAAUCAUCAUGGGCAGACCGUCAUAUUUGGAUGUGGUCUUCUUGUUAAUGAGGAUAUUGGUUCAUACAAGUGGCUCUUGGAAACUUUUUUGGAAGCAAUGGGGAAUAAACACCCUAUGGCAGUUGUCACCGAUGGAGA